UCGAGUUUAAAUGGAGACGAAAUAAACUAGAAGCGUCUAUGGAAAACCUUUUACCAAAUAAUAUUAAAAGUUAAAUUAACCACAUUGUUAAAACGGUUUGUUUAUUAACAUUAUACGUCACCAGUGAGCGCCGGAUGUUCCUUCACAACGUGCUGAAGAAAACUUCACGUGUGAAAUAUAUCUCACAUCGUCCGGAAAGAAAGUCGUCUUUGGUGAAAAGAUCACGGAUUAGUUGCUCGUGGUCAUGGGUCGGAAGUUGGAUCCCACCAACAAGGUGAAGCGGGGGCCGGGCAGGAAAGCCAGGAAACAGCGGGGCGCGGAGACAGAGUUGGCCAAGUUUAUAACUGAUGAAGAAUCUGAAACAAAACGCCUGUCGAGCCGAGGCAGGAAAAGAGCUGCUAAGAGGCUCCAGAAGGUGAAGGAACCAAAAGAAAAACUGAAGAAAGGAUUCACUGAUGAAAACAGUAAAUGGUUGAAACCAGUGAAGAAGAAACAGAAAACUGAUGAAAGUGAAGAGGACAGCGAUACAGAGUGGGAAGAAGAGGAGGAAGAGGAGCAGGAGGAGGUGAAGCUACAGCCACAGCCCAAAGUGAAAGGAGGAGAGGAAUUAGGAAAAAAGACGUUGAAGAAGACGCCACAACCGAAACAAGAGGAGGAGGAGGAAGAAGAUGAUGACGACGACGAUGACGAAGAAAUGGUUGAUGAUUAUGGCACUGUUAAUGAUGAAAGUGGAGAAAAGUCAGGAGAAGAAGAAAGUGAUGAAGAGCUUCUUCCCAUCGAGCGAGCAGCAAAGAAAGAGAAGAAAAAGAAGAAGAGCAUGGCUGAGGAGAGUGAUGAAGAUGAGGAUGAGGAAGAUGAGGAGGGAGAAGACGACGAUGAAGAUGACCAAUCAGACGGUGACAUGGAAGAGGAGGACACUGUCCAGGCCAACAUUGAUGAAAUGGAUAAGUUUCGUCUUCCUGGAGCCGAAGAGGCCGAGAAAGAAGCCGUCCUGCCUCUGGACCUGAAGACGGUUUAUCAGCGAAUUAAGGACAACGUCGACGUUCUCUGUAACUUCUCCUCCAAAAGAGAGGAGGGAAAAUCCAGGGCGGAGUACAUCAGUCUGCUGAAGAAAGAUCUCAGCACCUACUACAGCUACAACCACUUCCUCAUCGAGAAGUUGAUGGACAUCUUCCCCCUGUCAGAGCUGGUCGACUUCCUGGAGGCCAAUGAAAUUCAGCGACCCGUCACCAUUCGGACCAACACUCUGAAGACGAGGCGACGAGAUCUCGCUCAGGCCUUGAUCAACCGAGGCGUGAACCUGGACCCACUGGGGAAAUGGUCAAAAGUGGGUUUGGUGAUCUUCGACUCCUCCGUUCCUAUUGGCGCCACUCCAGAGUACCUGGCCGGUCAUUACAUGUUACAGGGAGCGUCCAGUUUUCUGCCUGUCAUGGCGCUCUCUCCACAGGAGGGGGAGCUGGUGUUGGACAUGAGCUCAGCUCCAGGAGGGAAAACCACAUAUAUUGCUCAGCUGAUGAGGAACACCGGGACCAUCGUAGCCAACGAUGCUAACGCUGACCGCUUGAAGAGCGUGGUGGGAAACAUCCACCGUCUGGGCGUCACCAACACUGUGGUCUGUAACUACGAUGGCAGACAGUUCCCAAAGGUGAUGGGUGGGUUUGACAGAGUGCUGCUGGACGCUCCGUGUUCAGGCACAGGGGUCAUCGCUAAAGAUCCAGCAGUGAAAACCAGCAAGGACCAGGUAGACAUCCUGCGCUCCGCUCACCUGCAGAAGGAGCUGCUCCUGGCCGCUAUAGACUCUGUCAAUGCUGAGUCGCCCUCAGGAGGAUAUCUGGUGUACUGCACCUGUUCAAUAACGGUGGAGGAGAACGAAUGGGUGGUGGACUACGCCUUAAAGAAAAGGAACAUCAAGUUAGUUCAGACAGGACUUGACUUCGGCAAGGAAGGCUUCACAAGAUUCAGGGAACGCAGGUUCCAUCCUUCUCUGCAGCUGACUCGGCGAUUUUAUCCUCAUUCUCACAACAUGGACGGGUUUUUUGUGGCUAAACUGAAAAAGUUCUCCAAUGUCAUUCCGACCACGCCGUCAGACAAAGAGGACGACGUGACGGAGGCGUCUGAGGGGACGACCGCUGUCGAAUCUGCUGAAACCAAAGGCGUCAAGACCAAGAAGACGGUCUCUGGUCAGGCAGGAACCGCCCACACCAACGGGACGCCAGCCAAAGAAAACAACAAGAAAACAAACGUCAAGUCCAAACGCAAGGAGUCCCCCCCAGCUGCUGGACCGAAGAGGGCAAAGGUCGCCAAGCUGGACGCACAGACUGUGAAGGCAGCAGUGAAGAAGAGUGACCAGAGUAAAGCGUCCAAGGCUGCCAAACCUGAUGGGAAAAAAUUGGAGAAAAAGAACGCCACAAAAAUGAAACCACGCAUAAAAAAGAACAGAAUAGGGAAAAACAAAUUCAACAAACUGAAGAAGAUGUUGAACAAACAGGAUGACGUGUGAUUUUGUACGUGGUGUGUUCAGGUGUGUGUAAUAAGAGCAGAACGAUGUAUUAGAAAUGUACAGCUGGAGAAAGAGGCUCCUUUUUUAUUUGUAUGACAGAUUAGUCUUUGUGUUUGUUGAUUUAACUGCAGAGUGGGACAAUGUUGAAGAAUCUGUGAGAUCAAAAUACAUUUUAAAAUAUUUUCCUCAUUGAUGUGUUUCAUUCUUCUGUGGUCGAUGUGAAUCGUUUUGGGUUUUUUUUUUUUAGAAUUUGUUACUUUUGUGUCCAUCUACCUGAACCCACAGAUGUUUGUAGCUGUUCUUCAAUUAAAUUAACAACACGA